GGAGUUGGGUGUCAUUGGGUGUGUACGUACAUCAAUGGAAUGUUAAAGUGUAUUUAGUGGUGUUUAGUGACACAAAUAUUGCUACCUGUUAAACACGCAUGUUUAAAAUCGUUAAAUAGUUCAUUAGUUAUUAUUUAAUUGUGACAUUGAUCGGAUCUGUUAGCAAAGGCUUCCAAAAUGCCGAAAUCGAUGAAUGUUCGUGUGACCACGAUGGACGCGGAACUGGAGUUCGCGAUCCAGCAGACCACCACUGGAAAACAGCUUUUCGAUCAGGUGGUCAAGACGAUCGGUCUGCGCGAAGUAUGGUUUUUUGGACUCCAAUACACUGACAGCAAGGGUGAUUUGACGUGGAUUAAGCUUUACAAAAAGGUCAUGAAUCAAGAUGUCAAAAAGGAAAAUCCACUUCAAUUCAAAUUCAGAGCGAAAUUUUAUCCUGAAGAUGUAGCUGAAGAACUUAUACAGGACAUUACAUCUCGUCUUUUUUAUCUUCAGGUUAAGAACGCUAUACUGUCUGAUGAAAUAUAUUGUCCUCCUGAGACAUCGGUUCUUCUAGCAUCUUAUGCUGUACAAGCCCGACAUGGAGAUUUUCAAAAAGACCAACACUCUUCUGGAUUUUUGGCGAACGAUAGACUGUUACCACAAAGGGUAAUGGAUCAACACAAAAUGUCUAAAGAAGAAUGGGAACAGAGUAUAACAACAUGGUGGCAUGAGCAUCGAGGUAUGCUAAGAGAAGAUUCUAUGAUGGAAUAUUUGAAAAUCGCUCAAGAUUUAGAAAUGUAUGGAGUCAAUUACUUCGAGAUUCGAAAUAAAAAAGGAACUGAAUUAUGGCUAGGCGUUGACGCUUUGGGCCUUAAUAUUUAUGAAAAGGAUGACAAACUUACUCCAAAAAUAGGUUUCCCCUGGUCAGAAAUACGAAACAUAUCUUUUAAUGAUAAAAAAUUUAUAAUCAAGCCAAUAGAUAAAAAAGCACCAGACUUUGUAUUUUUUGCGCCACGAGUACGCAUUAACAAACGUAUUUUGGCUUUGUGCAUGGGUAAUCAUGAACUCUACAUGAGAAGGCGCAAACCAGACACUAUUGAUGUUCAGCAAAUGAAAGCUCAAGCGAAAGAAGAAAAAAUUGCUAAGCAGCUUGAAAGAGAGAAGCUACAGCUAGCCUUAGCUGCUCGCGAUAGAGCUGAGAAGAAACAACAAGAGUAUGAAGACAAGCUUAAAUCUAUGCAAGAAGAAAUGGAACGAUCACAGGCUAAUUUAAUAGAGGCACAAGAUAUGAUCAGACGUUUAGAGGAGCAACUGAAACAAUUGCAAGCAUCUAAAGAAGAAUUAGAGCAAAGGCAGAAUGAAUUGCAGGCAAUGAUGACCCGCCUUGAGGAAACAAAGAACAUGGAAGCCGCAGAGCGUGCAAAAUUAGAAGAAGAAAUUCGUGCAAAACAAGAUGAAGUGCAACGCAUUCAAGAAGAAGUUGAAGCUAAAGAUACAGAGACUAGGAGAUUACAGAAUGAAGUUGAUGAAGCCAGGCGUAAAAAAGAUGAAGUAGCCGCUGCCUUGUUGGCUGCAACAUCAACUCCUCAACAUCACCAUGUGAUGGAAGAAAAUGACAACGAGAGUGAUGAGUUACAAAACGGAAGUGGAGAUAUCAGUCGUGACUUAGAUACUGAUGAGCAUAUUAAAGAUCCGGUAGAGGAUAGACUCACUCUAGCUGAAAGGAAUGAACGUUUGCACGAUCAAUUAAAGGCAUUGAAACAAGAUUUAGCUCAAUCUCGAGAUGAAACUAAAGAAACUGCAAUGGACAAGAUUCAUCGUGAAAAUGUCCGUCAAGGUCGCGAUAAAUACAAAACAUUAAGAGAGAUUCGUAAAGGCAAUACUAAAAGACGUGUAGAUCAAUUCGAAAAUAUGUAA